AAUGCAAGCCGUUUCCCUUUGUUUCAGUUUAUCACCGUGUGCUGUCUGAACCUAUUGCACACAGGUUACCCUAGCCCCACAUUCGCCCUUGCUUUAUAAGCUAUCUUAAAGUACUAGUUGGAUGCCUUCCUUUCAAACCCAAAGGCAGCUUUAUAUGGGGAGGGGAGCUUUGUGAACAUUGUGGAGGAAAACCUGGAGAAAAAAUCAUUUGACAAGGAUGGCGAUGACGCUGGAUGAAUUUACUCGCUCUGUCGAUCCCAGGUCGCUUCCCAGAAUUCUGCAGAUUCAAUCAGGAAUUUACUUCCAAGGUUCUGUGUAUGAGAUGUUUGGGAGAGAAUGUUGUCUUCCUACUGGAGAGAUCCUGAAAGUCAUUGGAAUUAGCAUCUCCAAGCUGACAGCUGAGAUUCACCCAGAAGGAGCCAAAAGCAUGACCAUCAGUCUGCCUCUGGAUUGCCCAGGUCUUUUCGGGAUUGUAGCAGACGAGAGACCUUAUCACACCGUGGGGGAAAUCGUGGAAUCAUUACGCAUCAGCUCCGACAGGCUCGGUCAUCCCACGUUCCGCUGUUCCUGUGACCUGCAGCUGCCCAAUGAGACGGUGAAGAAGGAGGAGAGUUUUACCCUCAUUUCUUUGACGACCAAGGACGGAGAGGCUUGUGUGGACUGUGAGGUCACGCAGAGAGAUCCCAAGCUUCGCUUUACGCUGAAGUUGUCUCAGCAAGGGGAGUUCUACGAGUGUAAAGAUGACCAGUUCUACACACUGAAAGAGAUAGUGGAAUUGAAAAUGCCCAAAGGCAGAAAGAGAACUGUGAGCCUGGCCAAGUCUGUGCCCAUAGCAGAGAUGCGCUUCUCUGAGCUUCCUGAGAACUACAGCGGAGAGCUGAUUCUCUCUCCAGUUUACGAACUUCAAGCUGUGAUGAAGUAUAGAAAAAAUGUUGUGCACAUCCCAUCCAGCCUGGAUGUAGAGGUCAUAGACGUGACAGGGCAGUGUGACAGUAACUGUUUUGUGCAGCCUCUGUCUUUGAGUGACAUCUACAAGAAGCCAAGUGAUGAAUUUCCUUUUGUGGCUGAGGUCAUAGAGACACCUUUGCAUCUUCAUGAAGAACUGAAGUUCCUUUCUAAUUGCAAGAAGAUCAUCAUCCAUAGUGCUGAACGGGCCAAGCGAAUUCUAGCAUCUGAAAUCCGGAGCGAUAGACGGAGCCACUUCUUGGUCCCCACCUCUUACAAGGGGAGAUUCAAGCGACGGCCACGCGAGUUUCCCACUGCGUACGAUUUGGAGGUUGCCAAGAGAGACAAGGAGCAGCUUCACGUGGUCGCCACGAGGACCUUCGAGUCUCGAUAUGAGGGGCUUGCCACUGUCCUUGUGGGAGACCAGUUCCUGGUCCAGAGAAGGAAGACCAGCGAGGUGACCUACGGGGACACACGUAAGACAGUGGAGGCCUUAGCCUGUGAGAAGAUUGAAGGCAAGAACUACGAGUCGGUUCUCAUCCCCAUGUGUCUGGACGGCGGUUUUGUGGAGGUCAUCCACGACAAGAAGCAGUACAACAUCUCUGAGAUCUGCCAGCGGUUUCACCUGCCGUUCAACGUCAAAGUGGCAGUGCGGGACCUCUCCGUGGUGUCUGACGUGCUGGCCGUCGUGCCUGGACUGCACCUGGAGGAGGAGAUCACCGACUCCUACCUCGUCAUCUCCAAUAUGGACCUGUCGGAGUGCUGGGAGGUCCCAGUCUACCGCACCUCCUUGACCCUGCAGGUCCUCCACAGCAGACAGCCGAGGCCCACGGUACCCCUAACCAUUCGCUCUGCUGUGGAGAAGAUCGGUGAGGACUGCUAUUAUACCCUCCGGAGGUAUGCCACAGCCACCAUUGUACCUCCACCCCGCCCACCCAAGAAGCCCAAGCAGCCCUUGCCAGACUCACUGAAGCUGAAGCCCCCAGAGCCAGUGAGGCCUGAGCCCUCCCUCUCACCAAAGAGCCUGUGCAUUAAAAAACCAAAGCCAGCGACGCCUGUUUUAUCAGCAUCUGUUAAAAUAGGAAGCUCCAGCCUAAGAAGUGAUAUAAAGAUGCCAAGUCCAGUCACUCUUCCUGAUCCAGUCCUGCAAAAAGCCAACAGUUUGGAUAAGUGCCUCGAGACAACGGAUGACAACGAUGAUGACACGCAUGAUUAUGAAUACAUUGAUGAAGAUGAACUUGACAGCAUCAGGAAAACAUUCCAAGAGCAAAAAAUUCACAACACUACGAAGGACAAGCCAAGUAACUCCUAUGAGCAAACAACAAAAGCAGGCAGAUAAAAAUAAAGGCAACAAAAAAUAAAUCCAAGCUAAAAGGAUGAGCACACUUUGAUAGCUGUUCAGGUUUUCAUGAAUAGGAAUCAAACAUUCUGGAAGCCUUACAAAAUUGCAUUAUUUAUUGUGUAAGUUAUAUCAGUCAGUCACUGCUUUUGUCAUAGUAGUUUUUAUUUCCUUAGUGAAAACAAUGGAAAGCUUGGGGAUUGGUACGCAGCUCUGGGGACUGACCAUUGGAGUAAACUGAAGUCACUGUCAUGUCUGUGGAACCAGCUCGAGAUGAUGUAUGGUUUGUGACAUGGCUCAGUGUCCUACAGCAUGUACUGCAUCCAUUUGGAAAAGGGUAGAAUGUGGUCAUGUAGGGUGCACUUGGUCAGCAAGUGUGCUUACAGUAGGUAUGCUGGGGGAUUUGAAUGGUGCUCAGCUGGUAUUAAGGGGCCCUAAUGUGUGCUGAGAAAGCAUUUGAACACACUAUUGCACCACAAGCAGCAGUCUGCACCGUCGUCACACGGUGUGAUGGAUUCAUGAAUUCAUGCCGUUCAUGCCAAAUUUUGAACCUACCCUCUGCACGACUUGCAGUAGAAAUCUAGAUUCAUCAGAUCAGGCAACAUUUCUCCAAUACUCACUUGUCCAGAUCUGGUGAUUACAUGCCCACUGUAACUUCUUCCUAUUCUAAGCUGGCAGUGGAACCCAGUGUGGUCUUCUGCUGCUGUUUCCAGACCGCUUCAAGGUUCCACAUGUUAUGUGUUCAGUGAUGCCCUUCAACACACCACUGCUAUAAAUAACGGUUAUUUGAGCAUACAUACAUACACACUCAACAAGGAUGUGUUAAUAUCCAACACACUUUUUGUGUUACUACUUUUGUGUUACUUUCAACACAUUUCGUGUCCCAUUUACUGCUUCUGUUACAAAGUUGCAAUCUAUGUGUUACAAAGUGAGACUUUUUAACACAGACUGUGUUGAAAGGAACACAACAUGUUGUACCUACUGUAACUAGACGGCGUAUUAUAAAAUAACACAUUAUGUCAUUUUUAUCCAAUCUGUUUUGAGAGUGUAAACUGAAUAAACUGAGAAAUGUGA